AGGCGAUAUGAGGACUACCUCUCUGCCUUUGAAGUGAUCGAUCCUGACUACGCGGUGGCGCUGGGGCGGGCAGUCGAGGGCGCUUCCGAGCGAAUCGAUGAGGAGGGCUUUCUGCCACGGGCUGCCCUUUGUGCGGUGUUCGCCCGAGCGGCCUAUGGUGCUCUCAUGCAAAAGGGAGCAGGCGAUCGUGUGAGUGGUUUCCUGGGUCAAGCGGCGAAGUCCUAUGCCGGGAACUUCAAGGAUGAAGACCACACGGAGGCUUUCGUUGAGCUCACCGGUGCCAAACGUGAAGAUAUUGUCAUGGCACAUUGGACUGAGAAGCCGUUUGAACCUGCCUAUGUGGUCUUUUGGGUCCACCGAAUGCGUUGGCUGGUCCUCUCGGUGCGCGGCAGCUGCGAGUGGUCCUCGGUGCUCACGGACGUGGCGGCCGAGGAGAGCUUGCUGGCGGGCGGCCUGGCGCACAGCGGCAUGGCACGGGCUGCCAGGUGGAUUUUGACCACGGCCGGGCAGUGCAUGGCUGAAGCUCUUGCUGAGCGAGAUGAGUAUCGCCUGGUUUGUACUGGCCAUUCUCUGGGUGCCGAUGUGGCUGAACUUGUCGCAGUGAUGCUCAGGGAAGGCGACACAAGCCCCACGGACAUCCCCAAGUGCUUGGGUGGGCGCCAGGAUCUCGAGGCAUUGGACUCGUUUCUGAACGUGGAACCGCCAACCAAGGGCUACGGAGCCAAGGAUGCAGAGCCGCACGUGGCUCCAGCAUAUCCUUCAGCCAUGCGACGGGCCUUUGCUUAUGGCUUUGGCGCCUCCCCGAUCGUCUCCCCUCAGCUGGCUGCAAGAUGCUCCAGUUAUGUUCUGUCUGUGGCUUUUGAUGUGGACUACAUCACGCGGGUCUCGGUCUUCGGCAUUGACCGCUUGAUUCUGCAGCUCACGGAGCGCAGUGCAGCCCAGUUGGCCAAGCAAUGGAUUUCCCAGAAGAUGGGCCGUGGUGGAGGCGAGCGUUUGAGUCCUCGCACGCGCGCCUUUGGUGCCAACUCCCAGGUCGCCGAGGUCUUGUGCACCCCGGGUCGCUUGCUCCACAUGGAUUGUCGUGGAGUGGGCUUGACCGCAUCACCUGUGAAACUCUUGUGGUCUCUCCCGAGCUUCUACCAUGAACUGUACAUCAGCACGCACAUGUUUCACGACCAUUUGCCGAUUCGCUAUGUGGAGCAUUUGUUGGAAGCGAUUCGCCUGGCCGUACCUGGCACGGGUCAGGGCCUUUGCCUUAAGGACCGUGCCCAAGAACCAGAUGCGCACGAGACGGUGCGCAGCAGUUUGGAGGCCAUGAUCUUCACUCCAGUUCCGGCCGAAGCGUAGAAUUCACGCUGCCGAAAAAGACGUAUAUUUUCCCGGGUGCUACAACGCCCUAAAAAAUCUCGGUGGUACAACGUUACCUUUGCUGUUUGGAUGGAC